UUUGCGUCACCUGUUAUUUAUUCUCAUUAGACAAUGAAUACAGAGCACGUCAAGCCUUUACAUCCUGCUAUAUGUCAAUUCAUUGAUGAUAAAACAGUUACACGUCGUUAAAAUGUAUCAUUCACAAUACUGUGUACUCGUCAGAAGGCUUUAAGACAAAGGUAUGACCACAUUAACGAGCAAGAGACAUUAGGAUUCUUAAUCACAGAUAUGAAUACGACGACUGUAUCGCCUUGGAAUGACAAGCAGUCCGACUGGAUUCUGUUCGUUGUGUCUGUGAUUGUUUUAACGGGACUAUUUGGAAAUGUUCUCGUUAUUAUUGUUACCAUGAUGAACGCGGUUUUUAAGACGACAGCAAAUGCUUUGAUAGUCAACCUAGCUAUCACUGACGUUCUAUCUUUGAGUAGCUUUGGAGUUCUUAUAUUCAAUCUCAAGAAGGGAGAAUGGAUSUAUGGAAACUUACUAUGUAAACUGAAUGGUUUUUCUGCGAUGACUUUCUCUCUAGCCUCAGCGCUUUCUAUCAGUUGUAUAAGCGUUAACAGGUUCUUGUACACAGUACAUCCACCUAAAUAUCAUUCGUUCUUUGGGCCGACAAGGAGGACUUUGGUUAUGCUCGCAUUUUUGUGGAUAUUUUCGGGAACGUUUGGUAGUCUACCGAUUACUGGAUGGUCAAAGUAUGAGUAUUUCCAAACGAGAGGAUUCUGUUUCUGGUCUGUAUCGACAAGUCUUUCGUAUACYAUAACYUAUUAUUGUCUUGUUGGGCCGUGUUGUCUUUCAGCUGUUUACUGCUACUGGCGAAUUUACCGUUCAAUACAUCAAAACGCACCUAAUCAAAUCAUAAACAGUGCGUCAAGACAUGGAAAYAUUAGAAGGCAACUCAAUGACCAUACGACUGAGCUAAGCGAGAGGAAAAUCACCAUUUCUAUAUGUUUAGUGGUGAUCUUCUACUACGCWACACUGGCACCCUUUACUAUUGCAAAUCUACUAAUCGUAUGGAAACCUGGUUUUGAACUGACUCCAGAGCUUGAUAUGUCAACCACAGUGAUUGCUAUGACCAACUAUGCUGUCAAUGUCUUCAUCUAUUCUAUGUCUAACAGGAAAUAUCGACUCGCCAUUAGGAAACUAUUUCGAAAAGUCAAAGACUUCUUCUGGAGCAGCGAAACUAAAGUCCAGAGCAUUUCAUCCGCUGGGAAAAAGAAUAGAACACAAAAACUAAAGUAAUAUCCAUUAUUUUUGUAAGAAAUAUAGCUUAAUUAAUUAACCGCUACUAGAGCUAUUUCCAAUGGAAAGSUAAUAUAUUACCUGAUUCUGUAUUCUGACUUUAUUGAAAAGAUUAGAAAGAGAGAUAAUGUCGUGUCAACUUAGAUGCAACAUYUAUUGUGGACUGAAUAAUUAGAUACAAGAAUGACUCUCAGAAAUUCAUGUGCUAGUUUUACUUGAUUAUAUUAUCUUAUUUAGUGAAUUCUUACCAGGAGAAAAUUUAUCAGUUCCUCUUGAAAGGUGCGGAAAUAUCAAUAAAUCACACUUGCUAAAGAAAAAACAUACAAACAAGUAAAAAUCAAAAUCUUGUCGUGUUAAAACUCUCGUGACAAAUCAGUUCUUUCAUAUUCUAUAUAUUAAUCUUGCGAAGUUAUAUCUAUAUAUUAAGUUUACCUCAAUCUUCGGUGUGAGCCCUACAAUCGAAAUUUCACUCUAUAAUAUUAUACAKUAGACAGUGGCUGUGAAAAAAUGAAAUGUAAAAAAUCAUUGAACAGCAAAAUAAGAUAAGACURUUCAAAUACGAAUAGUACCAAGUGAUGGUCGUUAAGCCGGCGGCACAGUUUGAGUGCUGUACUCGAAAGUGAUAUUUUAGAAUGUAUUUUAUUUGAAAAGAGUACUUGCAGGCCUCUGCAGGAUGAUUAAGUAAUGAAAUAUAUUGAUAAUCAUUUAGUUUUUAGUAUAAAGCUGACCACAGCUAUCUGCAUAUGAAGCAAUUCAUUUUUUGUCGGCAGUUUUUCUAGACGAUGUGUCUUCUCUGCUUAAUUAUAAAUUUGAAAAAAGAAGACGAAUGAUAUUAACUAGCACGAGUUCUCCUUAUGAUUGUUGACUUCAGUAACAUGCACAGUAACAUGGUCUUUUCGCCAGUUAGUUUUCACCAGCAGCUAGCUAACUCGCACGUCUUAAUAAUCUCACAGACAAAUUCCCAUCUAGUAUCGUUUAUUGCUGAUAUUGUAACAAAAUAUUCUUAGCUUUUCUGUGAUUCAGAAUAACUUUUAAUAAGUCAA